AGGCGAGGCCGGCCAGGGGGCGCUCGGGACACGUCCCCGCGCCCUUUGCCGGUGCGUGGGGGUAGGGAGAGGCCGGAGCCAGCCAGCCCGGAACCCGGCUUCCUGCGAGUCCCUCUGGCGGCGUCCCGGAGCCAGCCAACCCGGAACCCGGCUUCCUGCGAGUCCUUCUGGCGGCCGCCCGGAGCCGCCUCCCAGCCCUAGUCAGCGGGGCAGCAGCCGGGUCGUGUCGGCGGCCGCGGGGCCUGGCGCCACGAUGAGCAGCGGGGUCGGCGGCGGCGGCUCGUCCCGCAGCAUUAACUGCGCGCUGCCCACCAUCCCCUCCAGCAAGCUGCCCGACCUGUGCUUCCUCAGCCGGGGCGCCUACGGCACCGUGUCCUCGGCGCGCCACGCCGACUGGAGGGUCCCGGUGGCCGUCAAGUGCCUGCAGGGGCCGCUGCUAGACAGUGAAAGAACCAAUCUCUUAAAAGAAGCAGAGAUUUUACACAAAGCCAGGUUCAGUUACAUUCUACCAAUUUUGGGAAUUUGCAAUGAGCCUGAAUUUCUGGGAAUAGUGACUGAAUACAUGACAAAUGGCUCAUUAAACCAACUUUUGCAUGGGAAAAAUGCGUAUCCUGACAUUGCAUGGUCACUACGAUUCCGUAUUCUGUAUGAAAUUGCUUUGGGAGUGAAUUAUCUGCACAAUAUGAGUCCUCCAUUGCUGCACCAUGAUUUGAAGACCCAGAAUAUUUUACUGGAUAGCGAGUUUCAUGUUAAGAUUGCGGAUUUUGGUUUAUCGAAAUGGCGCAUGGUGUCCACAUCACAAUCACGAGGUGACAAAUCUCUGCCAGAGGGAGGGACUAUUAUCUACAUGCCACCUGAAGACUAUAAUCCCAAUCAGAAAACCCGUGCAAGUGUAAAGCAUGAUAUAUACAGCUAUGCCAUUAUUAUGUGGGAAGUAAUGUCAAGAAAACAGCCCUUUGAAGAAGUUAUAAACCCCUUGCAGAUUAUGUAUAGUGUGUCACAAGGAAAGCGACCAGACACUAGUGAAGAAACUUUAUCAAUGGACAUACCCCACCGAGUGCUGAUAGUAACAUUAAUGGCAAGUGGAUGGGCACAAAAUCCAGAUGAAAGACCUUCUUUUUCAAAAUGCUUAAUAGAUCUUGAACCAGUGUUGAGAACAUUUGAUGAGAUAUCUAUGCUUGAAGCAGUAGUUCUCUUAAAGAGAGAUAAGUCAAAAUAUGAGUCUCAAUGUAUUCGCUUCAGUCACAAGACAUCCGAUGUGGAGCUGACAUCUGUAAAUAUACCUCUGAAUCUUAGUCCACAGGAGGAAACACGUGCUCCCUUCCUACAAAGUGGUGCACUCCCGCUCCGGAGCAUGUCACCUGAAUUACCAAGACUCAAGUCUAUACCAAAGUAUAAUAUCCUCUCAACAGGUAAAGACAACAGUUCUGAAGGACCGUGCUCUCUUGUUAGCAUGGAUGAAAAUAUCUCUCCAGCCCAGAGUGCUAAAUUGUAUGUGCCCUACCACAGCUACCCUUCCUCAUUUGGUGCAGAUUGUUCAGACGCAUCAAAUCCUAUGACACACAUGCUGCAGUCAUCAGCACUUACCCCAGGUUUUGCUGUGGAAUCCAUGCAACAGGAUGUAGCUCACCAGUGGAUCCAAAUUAGGAGAGAGGACAUUGUCAGCCAGAUGACUGAAGCAUGUCUGAACCAGUCUCUGGAUGCCCUCCUAUCAAGGGAUUUAAUCAUGAAAGAAGACUAUGAACUUAUCAGCACCAAACCUACGAGGACGUCAAAAGUCCGACAACUGCUUGAUACUACUGACAGCCAAGGAGAGGAGUUUGCUAAAGUUAUAAUACAAAAGUUGAAAGACAAUAAACAGAUGGGCCUUCAGCCUUACCCAGAUUUAUCAUCUGCUUCUAAGACUGCAUCUUUAAAUUUAUCAUAUCAGUAUAAAGCCAUGUAAAUGUUUCCUUACAAGUAGGUUUCUGUUUCUGAAAGGUUACUUUAUAUCUGUAUUGCUUUGGUCUUUAUUGCACUUAUGUAAGUCUGGUAAGCGAAAGAAUUAGAUGUAACUAAGGUUACAUUGUAAGGUUAAAACUAGUCAUUUUGAAGAGCAACUGGAAAGACAUACACUCUAAUGAAGUAUUUGAAAGUAUUUUUAUUAUACAUAAAAAGAGAAAAUGUUCCCUAUUCUCUAUUUUAAAUAAUCAUAAUUAUUCCAUUUAUAAAAAUCCUUUAAGUUGUAACUGUCUUCAAAUGAUGGGGAUGCUGCUCACUCACUAUCGUGGUAGGAUUGAUAUAAAAGGAAAAAACCCUACAACCAACCCUGUAGAGUUCUGCCAAUGUUCAUUUCUGUUGUAAGCUAUUUUCACAUUACCCUUCUGGGUAGAUUUGUUCCUUCCUAAAGAACACUAAGACUGCCAUAUGCCUGUAUUUAGAUUUUAAUUUUGUCUCUUCACUCAAGUAGUAAACCUAAUGAUACAAGACCUGCACCUGCUCCCAUUUCAGUCAAAGGGAGUGUGAUGGGAUCCACAGACCAGCAUGUGAUCUGGUAGAACGUUGCUGUCUAACUCAUCUCUUGCCUCCACAAACUUGACACAAAAUCACAUGUGAAAUGUAAAAUGUUGCAUUUGAUCCAUCAAGCUUCUAAUUCCAGUUUAUUUUUAACGUCUACAUGACCUGCAGUAAGCACUGAUUUUAUGUGGUGUAUAAUGAUCAAGCUGCCCAGGUGGGUUAGCAGUAACACAAUAAACGCACAUGACCUCCUUUGACACAAAAGCACUGAGAGUGCUGCAGAGCUAGUGUACUUACUUCCUGGAGGAAAAGUGUUGUGUGCUGAUCUGUAGCAAUCCCCUCUAUCAGCACUGAAAAUAGUGGUGUUCAGCACUUCUAUAGCUGAGAGGGCAGCUCCAGUCAGGCCAAUGGGGAUGUGCGGGUUGGGAGUGGGGCAGAAUUCUGUGCUUGCCUGAGGCUUUCAGUUUGGUGGGCAAUACCCCUUUCUUAUCCCCUCUCUCCCUCCAGACUACCCCCUUGGUGUUCCGCCUUUCUUGUUUGAGGGACAGCCAUUGUUGAGAGAGAAGUCUGAGAGGAGGAAUCUGAUUUUGUUUUAAUUCUCUUUAGCACAUUUAAUACAGUAUGAAUGGUUAUAAAUCCGAUUUAUAGCUUUUUAAUUUUCUUGGAUGCAGCACAUACACACCAUCUACAUUUUACAGCAGUAAGAAUUUGAGUUGUUCGGUUAUGCUGUGCACUGAAUGCCAUUGGCAUUAAUAAGAAUUUUGCAAUUGAAAAUCCCACCUCCCCCUCCAAGAAGGUUACAAACAUCAUGAGUAAUUUACUGCCCUUGUCAUAAAAGCCAAAUCAAUGAAGAAUCCAAAUUAUUGAUACUUGGAAAAUCUUGGAGGAUGAGCUAGGGCCUGACCCAUUUCAAAAUAGUUCAAGGUUUAAAUUGUGCGUUACUGCUUGCCUAUGUGUUUAAACAUGGCAGUGAUAUUUUAGUAUCUGUCUUAACUUCUUUUGUGAACUGAGUCACCAGAAUGUGAUCUAUAAUUUACUGUAAACUUUUGCAGACUUUACUAGCUAAAUUCACGUUUUUGCAGUAAAUUGGAAUUUUGCAUUUCAGCCCUGUUUCUGUGCAGAUAUUUAAACUUGUUACUAAUGUAAAAGUUCUGACUGGGGCACCAAUAGCACCUAAUGGGACAAUGCCAAGCUCCAGUGCGUAUACUUUUUAUAGAAUAGAUUUGAAGAUGACUGAUGGAAUAUGGCAUAGUGAGCUGUGCCAGUCUUGCUAGUGAUGCCAGACCUACAUAAUGUCCCUACAAUGUGCUUUUUUUUUAAAUGCAAGACUGUUGCACCAAUAAAUAAUUGCAAAUCCUCUUCCUUUAGGCUCAUCCUAUACUAUAAAAUUGUCAUAGGGCCCAGCAGCACUUCAGACAUGAAGAUGAGCAGUGCCAAAGAUCUAGACAAAUCAGUAAUUGACUGUACCAGACAUGCUGCUUGCAAAUUUGAGAGCAAAAUUGAAGACGGCGCUAAAUGAUAAUGAGUAAAUCGGAAGUGGACUGGAACAGUACAGUGAGAAAAGAAAUAUUGUAACCAUAGGUUUCACCUGCAUGCCUGGAUAUUGCUUCCAUUUUUCCAUCCCCAACUCCUUCCCAUUAAUUCAUUAAUGGUUUUACCCCUGGGUCUCAGUCUCGCCCUCUGAAAUGAUGCAGGAUGUCUUUAUUUUUAUCAAAUAAAUGUAAUGAAUGGGCAUUGCUAAAUAUAUGGUAGAAACAGUGUCUGCUUAUGGGAUUGGGUUCUCUUGUGGUACACUAAUACAAGGAGUACCUUAAUAAAAAGGCUGAAAUUUU